AUGUCUGCCAUCAACAAGGAAAAGAAGACUGAUGUCUCGAUCGACAAGAUCCACUUCGAUGACGCCGAGGACCUCGCCGAAACGAUGAUGAGUGCCAUGUACGAAGACCCGUCCUGGGCUGGACUUUGGUCGCCAGACAUGACUUUGGACAACAUCAUUCAAGAUACCGCAGCUCGAUUGCCCUGGGGUCUGGUCAAAGCUGGUUCCGCGAUUCCGAUCAGCAAACGGUUCCAAAAGGCUGUCGAUGAAUCAUCCGGCAAAGCAGUGGGAUAUGCUAGGUGGAUAUUGCCAGAUUCGGUGCUCACAGAGUCUGGCGAGGUCUGCUGGCCUGCCGCAUUACCCCCUCAAGCGAGCGAUAGUGCGCAUGACGGCUUUCAGAAACAGUUCGAAGCCGUGACGUCUGCGGACGGAAAGGUCCGGAAUCUGCUUCAUGAGCGGGAAGAUGAUCUGAGUGCAGAAAUCAUCGAGAUCGAAGACAGGAUCAAGAAAGAUAACCCAAACGUUCUGGCGUUUCAGCGACGAGGCAUCGGUCGUUUGCUCUUGGCGGAUGGUCUCGCCCUUGCGGACCAGCUGGGAGUCAAAACCUUUGUGCUCGCCAGAGCCGCAGGUGUGAAGCUGUAUCUGAACAACGGCUUCCGCGAGGCGGAGAAGCUCGUGCAGCUGAGGCCAGAGUACGGAUGGGAUACUCCGCACGUUACGAUGUUCCUCAUCCGAGAGCCCGCGUUGCGCGCUUGA